AUGCAGCCGUUGUUGGUGAUUAAAGAAGAAACUCUCCCUGAACACCAGGAAUGGAGUCUGAGUGUUGACCAGGAGGACAUUAAAGAAGAAGAGAAGCUGUGGAUAAGUCAGCAGGGAGAGCAACUUCAGCAGCUGGAGGAGGCAGAUCUCACCAAGUUUGGUUUCACUGUAAAGAGUGAAGAUAAUGAUGAAAAACCAGAGUCAUCACAGCUUCAUCAAAGCCGAAGUGAUGAGAGCACAGAGGCUGAGCCUGUAGCCAGCAGCUCAUCUGUACACAGAACACUGACAACAGAAGCUGAUGGAGAGAACGAUGGAGGACCACAACCAGCCAGCAAGUCAGGUCCAAACAGUCAUUUACAACCAGGUAUCAGUGGCAGGAGUUCAGACAGUUCAGGAACUGAGACGGAUGACAGUUAUGACUGGAAACAGACCAGAGAAUGCCAACAAAAGGAGAGGCAAGCAAGCAGAAAACUAUUUAGCUGUUUUGAUCAGAGUAAAAGACAGAAACAGAAGGGCACGUUGAAAAAACACAUGAUAAUUCAGACAGGACAAAAAGUAUUUGUCUGUUCUGAGUGUGGCCAAAGAUUUGGACAUAAGAGCAGCCUGAACAGACACAUGAUAAUUCAUACUGGAGAAAAACCAUUUGUCUGUACUAAGUGUGGUCAAAGAUUUGGACAAAAGAGCUACCUGAACAGGCAUAUGAUCAUUCAUACAGACAUGCAGCCGUUGUUGGUGAUUAAAGAAGAAACUCUCCCUGAACACCAGGAAUGGAGUCUGAGUGUUGACCAGGAGGACAUUAAAGAAGAAGAGAAGCUGUGGAUAAGUCAGCAGGGAGAGCAACUUCAGCAGCUGGAGGAGGCAGAUCUCACCAAGUUUGGUUUCACUGUAAAGAGUGAAGAUAAUGAUGAAAAACCAGAGUCAUCACAGCUUCAUCAAAGCCGAAGUGAUGAGAGCACAGAGGCUGAGCCUGUAGCCAGCAGCUCAUCUGUACACAGAACACUGACAACAGAAGCUGAUGGAGAGGACGAUGGAGGACCACAACCAGCCAGCAAGUCAGGUCCAAACAGUCAUUUACAACCAGAUAUCAGUGGCAGGAGUUCAGACAGUUCAGGAACUGAGACGGAUGACAGUUAUGACUGGAAACAGACCAGAGAAUGC